AUGGCAAAGGUUUCCAGCAAGAAGACUUCGGUCAAGAAGACCGAGUCUCCCAAGACCAAGUCAAUCCAUCCUCAGCUGAUCGCCUCGGUCGCGGCUUUCUUGUCGGACAAUUUCCCUGAGACUAGCACCGCAUUCAUCAAGGAAGCGGCAAAGUCGAUCAAGAAGAGCGAUGCGAAAAAUGUUCCCUCUCUCUUGGAACUCUUCCAGGCCUCGGAGCAGAGCUCUAGCGUGAAGAAGUCUGCUAGCCCCAGCUCUUCUUCCAGCUCCAGCAGCAGCUCCGAUAGCGACUCGGAUGUUGAGAUGGGCGAGGCCAGUCGUUCCUCCUCUUCGUCUUCUUCCAGCUCCGACAGCGAUGCGGAUGAUGAGGAUGAUGAUGAGUCCCCUGCGGCCCCGGCUGCGGCCCCCGCCCCAGUCCAGAAGUCUGCUGGUGUGAAGCGCAAGGCUGAGUCUAGCAGCGAGUCUAGCAGCUCUUCCGACUCUGACUCGUCCUCUUCGUCCGAAGAUGACAGCCCUAAGGCUAAGAAGGCCAAGACUGCUCCCACCCCCAAGGAGGCUUCCUCUUCGUCUUCUUCCGACUCUUCAUCUUCUUCUUCGGAUUCUUCCAGCUCUGACUCCGAUUCCUCGUCGAGCUCUUCUUCGUCCGAUUCGUCCUCGGAUUCGUCGUCUGAUUCUUCUUCUGACUCCUCUGAUUCUUCCUCAUCCUCCGACUCAUCCUCCGACUCAUCCUCCGACUCAUCCUCCGACUCUUCUUCCGAGUCCGAGUCCGAGUCCGAGUCCGAGAAGGAAUCCAAGAAGGCCCUGAAGAAGGCAAAGAAGACUCCUCUCCCCGAGUCCGACUCUUCUUCUGAGUCAGAAUCUUCAUCCGACAGCAACACCCUCGCCGCUUCCCCCGAGACCGAGACCAAGCCCGCCAAGAAGGCAGUGGAGGCUGUUCAGACCACCUCCUCCAGCGCCAGCCCCGCUCCUGGCAACGGACCCGUCAAGAAGAAGCACACCGGAGCUCGCCCCACCCCUCUGGCUCUCCUGAGCGAGCUGCCCCAUGACCACCCCUCCAACGACUACAUGUCGUACGCCUACGCAGACCGCGCCUGGAAGGACCUGUCUGUGACUCGCGGCAAGGGAUUCACCAAGGAAAAGAACAAGAAGAAGCGUGGUUCCUACCGCGGCGGUCCCAUCGACAUUGCCCCCGGCACGACCUCUUUCAAGUUCGAGGACUAA